AUGUCGCGAAACCCUAACGGCGGCAUGCUUCCUGAUGAUGAGAGCCAGAAUCAGACUGGAAAUCAGGGUCAAAAUCCAGGCCAAUAUCCCAAUCAGUAUUCGAUACAUGGGAAUUCGUGGGAUCCAAGCUUGAGCAAUACAGCUCCCAAUGAGCGUGUUCAGACUUAUAACGGACAGAACGCUGGCUUGAACCCUGGGGGGCAACAACCUCCGAUGCUCCAAGUACAGUAUGCGAACCAGCCGAACCCUUCUCAGCCGGAGAACUUGAACUGUGAGACGCAAGAUAUACCUAAGAUGUCCCACGAUAUUCUCGACGAGAUAUUCAAGCGCCCUGCUCUUAAUCCCCAGGCACAGGCUCAGGCUUGUGGUUCGGCUCUGUGUCGGCUUCGGCAUCUGCUACAGAGGUACACAGAUAAUGUGGCAAUGAUUCCACCCGACAACGAUUCUUCUCUUCACGUUCCAAAUCUAUUUCCAAUUGAAGGUCCUGGUUCAGCUGACCUUAACCCGAAUAAUACGGGGAACGUUGAUUAUUCGCCUGCGGAACCUGCACCUGUUGAAAGUCAACAUCAGCCUCAUUCCACUGCAGGUCAUCACAAUGUGGUCAACAAUUCUCUUGCUCUUCCCACUCCUUCAACUUUUCAGUCAUCAUUUGGUGGCCCCAGUCCCAAGAGACGUCAUGCGGCUUCUCCAGAUGCCACGGCGCCCGCUCCGAAAAGGAUGAGAAAUCUUCAGCCAAGCACUUCUGGCGACAAAGGAGACAACGCCAACAGCUCUGAAAUCCCCGGUCCCACCUCAAACACAACGCCAUCUUCACCAAAACAGCCCCAGAGAACCAGGAAACGGAAAGCGGAUAUUGAUGAAGAGGAACACGAUGAUGAAGAUGAUCUUCUUUCGGAUCCCAGGCCGCAAAAGAAGCUCAGGGGAGAACCGGCUGCCUCCAAGACGAAGAGCAAGGGUCUCAAAGAUCUCAAGAAAGAAGAUCAUGAAAAGGUCGAUGCGGAGACAAUUUGCAUCUUUUGUCGUGAAAACCCCCAGAGCAAGGGAUGUGACUGGGAACAGGUCAGACAAAGCAACGGCCCUGAAGUAUAUGAUCUAGAAUGCACCAACUGCGCCGAUCACCGCUCUAAAAACAAGGAUAACCCAGAGCUGGCCGACCAUAAGUGCCUGGUUCAAGGUCCUAAAACGCUGAUCCACUUCGAGCACAAAAGGUACGGCGUUGACGAUCCUCAAGGAUAUGAGGAGACGGCUUGCAACCUAUGUGUCAGGAGGAAACAGGGAGAAACAUGCGAUGUCGAUACGACACUAGGCUACUCUUGCCUCAAUUGUCGAAGACUGGGGGAGUGCAAGGUUGGCCUGUCUGAAAUGCCCUUGAGACGGCCAAAGAAGCUCACACGUCGACCGUGGUACCGACAUCCAUGCGAUCGUUGUUUCUUGCAUCACAAGAAAGGAGACGACGAUUGCUGCAGCUGGAUUAAAGACAGGAGAGAGUGGGAGGAAAAUCGAGCCUGCAAACAAUGUCAAAGAGAUGGGACAAUAUGUUUGGACCUUGGAGAGCGCAUGGACGGCUAUUCUUUCGAUCGCAAGAACAUUCCCAAAAGCUGGAAGAUACGCUCCGAGUUCGAGGCGAACAAAGAGAAAACAAAGGGAGACAAAGAAAAAUGGCAUGAAUAUGCGGAAGUGCUGCCCAACACAACUUGGAGAAAGCCGUGUCAAGGAUGCAAGACAGCUGGGAAGAUGACUGACUGUCUGGUCAUGUGGAUCCAGCCUGGAAACGCGUGUGAGCGCUGUACGCAGCUUGGUAUCGACUGUAUGGUCGAAAAAGAAAACGGUCGUCUUGAACAGUAUCCAAUCCUCGAUUUGAGCAGGGUUGGUUUCGGACAAUUCACCCCUUUCAAUGCCUGCACGCAAUGUGUUAGCCAUGGGUUCAACUGUGACCGACAAAGACCAUGUGAUAGUUGCAGAGGUCGCAAAGCAAAAUGCGAUGCUUUCAAUUGGAAAUUGGUUGGAUGUAUUGACCGCCGCAAGUUAGCCAACAAGCAAAACAAAGAAACCUAUAUUCCUAGUCCGUUGUACUACCUGGCCUUGGGGUAUGGCGCUGGAGGUGUCAACGAUCUCAAGGAUGGUCAAAAGCUUGAACAUUGGAUUGGUCCUGCAGCUCCUGUGUACGGCCUGAUCAACGCCGAGGAUGGUCCAGAGCGUUAUCGACGCGUAGCCGAUGCUCAUCGAAAUCAUCGCCCGCCUGAGGGCAUUGCCUUCCCUCCCAUUCCUUCAAACACGCAACUGAUGAAGGACACAUCUGCCGAUGAGUUGCGCUUGUUGAUAGAUCAGUCAUGGCGGCUCGAUCACCAACGCCAGGCCCCAAAGGACGAUCUCCAAGAGUACCAAGAAGUUUGGGAUCGCCUGCGCUACUUCCAAAAUCUCCAGAUGAAGGACGCUGGUAUGGAACCCAACUUGCCACCGCCGAUAUCUCAUGUGCGCUGCUUCCAGGGAGGUCCUGUGCUCUCUGACAUUUGGACAAGACAUCAUAUGCUUCCGAGUGCUCUUGGAAAUGCGAAUGACACGCAAUCGCAGGGGUUCUCACAAUCACUGCCAUACCAACUGCCAGAUCAACUUGGAAACAUAUACAAUCCUCAACAAAAUGCAUCGGCACUACAAACACAGCCAUCUCAACCUUCAGCGGCACAUCUACCACUUAGUUUUACGGACGACCUGAAUGAGCCAUACCAAGAUCCAGCAGCAUUCGAACAAGACGGAGGCUUUAGUCAACAGCAACUACAUACCCCUACACAGAAUUCACAGCUAAUGCGGCCAUCCUUAGGUCUAGCUGAUCAGCCAAUGCAUGGUGGCCCCGACCAACAGCCGUUUGACUAUACACAUGAGGAACUUCAAAUGGCACAAGAUCACGUUCCGCCAAAUCCGCAAGGUUGGGGCAACUUGAAUCAAGAGCAGCUAGAUCCCUGUUCACGGCAACCGGAACUGUCUCAAGAUCAAACAGGUGACCAACAAAACAGUCAAGAAUACUGGUUUGAGAAGUUGGCUCAACUAAAUCCACCUGUGCAAAGAACCGCAGACGAUGAAAGUGGUGAACGUCCGCCCUUUGCUAACAGUGCCAUCCUGGCCAAGGAUAUCGAAAAUGACCAACAAGAGCCACACAGUCGUACGCAGGCUCCAGAUCAGUCUCCAGAAGGAAGCAACGAAUCCCCGGAUGAGUUCCCAGAAUUGGUAGAUUGGGACGGCAAGCAGACACAUAGGCGUUCCCAAGUGAGUCGUGGGGAGCGCUGGCUCAAGCCUCAAACGUCUAGAGGCAGCAAAAAGUCAUCCCAAGAGAGAACGGCUGGCGGAAACCGGGUGCCCAAGAACGCAAACGGUCGAGAUGCUUUCAAUCCUUUCCUUGGUUUCACAUUCGGUCCGGACCAGAAACCUCGGUUCACGGAGAAGCCAAAGAGCUCACGCUGGAAGGUCUUCAAUCCUCUCGAGGGUAUUGACAUGAGCGAAUGGCAUGAGUCAAAGUCUAAAGAGCCUGAAGAAGAGUCUCAGAUUCGCCUCUUUUCCAUUGUCAAUGGUCAAACAAACCAACCAACACCUUGGCGUAAUGUUCUUGGUGACGUGCCUCGCGAAGAGAAGGUUAUAAGGACAAAGCGUUAUUGCGCUGAACCGGGAGAGGGCGGAUGGGGUUCAUGUGCCGCUUGGAACACUGAUGGGCAAGGUCAGGCUACUUGCCAGAGUUCUGCGCAUCGCAACACAGCCCUGCCACACUUCCCAGUAUGCAAUGACUGUACCCGGGGCAACGUCAAGUAUUUGUUCCAGCAUGAGCACAAUCCCAUAACUGAAAGCGAACUGCUCAGCAUGCGUGCUUAUCUCUGCAAUGAGUGUGCUGGUCAGAUGAGCGCCGGUGCUCCGAAGGCAGUCCAGAAUCAAAUUGUCGGCACCAGACGGGUAUAUGGCAUUGCAGCUGAUGAAGCGCAGUCCCAAAACAGACAGGAACUGGUCAAUGACCUCUCAAAAGCCGCCAACCUCGAGAGGGAUACCGAGGCUCUGACAGGCUGUUCGUGUGCCAACAGAAUGCUAGGAACAUCGCUCUGCCGGUUCCAUAGGUUGUACUAUGCCGAAGAGGUUAUGAAACACGCGGCAUUGAUGCAAGAAUGGCGGCUUUCGCGCUUCAAGAAGGCAGUGUGUCCCAGUUGUCUUGCGCAAAAGCCCAGUGAGCAGGUCAAUGUUUCGGCCAACGUCGAUGGUUUUGUACCGGGCGCGCCGACGGCAUGGGCUUGUGUCGUUUGCAAUGACUGGGUUGUGAAUGAACAGAACGACGUGAACAACCAGCCAAAGGCGAUUGAUAAGCCGCUGUGGAAUCUAAAUAUCGGGCGCAGGCUUCUCGGUCCGGAGGAGAGAUAG